UUCUUCGCCGUGUGCGACGGGCACGGGGGCCGGGAGGCGGCCCUCUUCGCCCGCGAGCACCUCUGGUCGUUCAUCAAGCAGCAGAAGGGCUUCCGCUCCCGCGAGCCGGCCGCCGUGUGCGCGGCGCUGCGCAAGGGCUUCCUCGCCUGCCACCGGGCCAUGUGGAAGAAGCUGCCAGAGUGGCCAAAGACGAUGACGGGGCUACCGAGCACGUCGGGGACCACCGCCAGUGUGGUAAUCAUCCGGGGCUCAAAGAUGUACGUGGCUCACGUCGGGGACUCAGGGGUCGUGUUUGGAGUUCAAGAUGACCCCAAAGAUGACUUCAUCCGGGCCGUGGAGGUCACCCAGGAUCACAAACCCGAACUUCCGAGGGAGAGGCAACGGAUCGAAGGUCUCGGAGGCAGCGUGAUCAAUAAAUCUGGUGUGAAUCGGGUUGUGUGGAAAAGACCUCGCCUGACCCACAACGGCCCCGUGCGGCGGAGCACCGUCAUCGAUCAGAUUCCGUUCCUGGCCGUGGCCCGUGCCCUUGGUGAUCUGUGGAGCUACGAUUUCUACAGCGGCGAAUUUGUCGUGUCUCCUGAACCCGACACAAGCGUACACACCCUAGAUCCUCAAAAGCACAAGUAUAUCAUUCUGGGCAGUGAUGGACUAUGGAACAUGAUCCCACCGCAAGAAGCCAUUUCCAUGUGCCAAGACCAUGAAGAGAAGAAAUAUUUUAUGGGAGAGCACCAGCAGUCUUUGGCCAAAAUGUUGGUGAAUCGGGCCCUGGGGCGAUGGAGGCAGCGCAUGCUCCGGGCGGACAACACCAGCGCCAUCGUCAUCAGCAUCUCUUCGGGGCGAAGCCAUCAGAGCAGCUCGGAAAGUGACGAGGAGCUGUGUUUCAACCUGGCCGAGGGCCCGUCGUACAGCAGCCCUGAAAUGUGGAUGAUGACGCCUUCACGCUGUUCCACUCCCCCUGUCAAGGGUUUAGAAGAGGACCUCUGGCCGCAGCUGAGCUCACCCGAGACUGUCCCUUUACUCAUGAGGAGCUCUGUCGUGUUGAACAAACCGCUUGAGCUGCCCGGCGAAGUGGCCCAGGGAAACCUACCUUUAUUGGUAGCGUCUUCCAAGGAAGGAGCCCUGCGGGAGGAGAAGGGCGACAGACCCCUGGGACUGAGGGGACGUGAGUUGUGUACCCGAAGCCCACCGGGGACCCUCUCUCCUUCUAACUCUGGGAAUGCGGGGACGGACCCAAAGUCUCUCAAGGUGCCUCUGAGCGAACCCUCCAAAACCCAGGAGUCGGAACGGAUUCCGUCCGUGGCCAACUUCAAAAGGACUUUGGAGGAAUCCAAUUCGGGGCCAGUCGUCAAGAAACCCAGGCGUGGUUUGGCCCGGAAUGUCGGGGUCCAGCCGGAAAGCUUGUCCCCAGCACCCCAGCAUAAAAACCCGAAAAAGCUCGCCAUGCGCCGUAGCCUACGAGGACAGAAGAAACUGGGGAACCCUUUGUUCCAGCCACCCAGAAAAGCCCUUUGUGUCUGCUGAGGAGGACGCCUUAACAAAGGCAGUUAUUUUCAGUCUCCUUUUAAGUUACAAAAUUUGGGUGCAGGUCAUUUGGAAAUGCAAUUAUUCGCUUUCUUGUACACUUUUUAUUUUUUUUAAUUUUUUUUUAAUGUAGAAGACUUGUGGGUUGUUGUUUUGGUUUUUGUAUCCAAACAGCUUUAUUCCAACCUUAUACUCGCUUGUAACAUACCUGUGACUUUUUGUAGGCAUUACUAGGACUGUAAAGCAUACUCUGUUUAAAAAAAAAAGUGUAUACAUUCAUAUUCUUUCAUGCCACUUUGGUCUCCCCACCUAAACUUUCCCUGGCAUCAUUGUUACAACAGGGCUAAAAAAAAAAAACCACACACACAAUGCCACAUUUUAAUUUUGGACAGUGGGAUUUUUGUGUCUAGGUUGGGAGGGGAGGCGGUUGGUUUAGUACAAAGUAAUGAAUUUGUAUAAAAAUUUCUUGUGGUGACCUCACAACUUUUUAAGAAAAGUAAAUUAUUGAACCGAAUGGAAGAUAAUGUAUUUUCGUAGUACUUAAUACGUUUUGCUUGGAGUGUGCCCUAUUAGAGUAUAUAAUACUAGGUCUAUUUUCUUUCUUUCUUAACUUUUAGAUUUCUCUAUUCAGAAAUGAAAUGUAUACUGAAGAGAUGCUGAGUCUUCACACAGCUAAAUGCUGGUUUUCUGUAUUUAAUUAAAAUACUAUGCAGUACUUUU